AUGAUACAAUUUGAUAUGAUGACAAUGAUAUUGAUAACGAUAAUAGCUUUGGUUUUGCUGGAAUUCAUUGCAUGCAAUGAAAUAUGCAACAAUAAGUCGUGCAGGCUUGGAACCCAAAUUACCAUCAGCUGUAAUCUUGUUGAAAAGCAUUGCGGGCGUCAUAUGAAGUUCUACAAAGAAAUGCAAUUAAUCCAUGUUCCAAUUCUGUGUGUGUUAAAAUGCACAUGCAAGCCCAGAUUUACCAAAAUUGAAAUAAAAUGCAUCAAAAUACGACGACAACCAAUUCAAAAACUUCAAAUAACAACUAAACCGCAAGAUGAAGCCAAGAAAUUCAACGAGUCUCCUCCUUUGGUCGCUGUAACGAACUCAGCUCGAACUAUCAAUUCCAUCGUGAACGCUGGGUCGGGCAGAUAUUAUACUGACUUAUGUGCUAAUACCGACGAAAUUUGCCCCAAGUUUAUGGUGAAACGUGAAGUUGCAAGAAUGCAACUUUGGUGUGCUUAUAUUUGUGAAUUUUUGUGA